UAGCUGAGGGGCUCUUUCUAUUCUAGGUGUGGGCACGUUCAUGAGUAUAGUACUAAAAAUAGAUAAAAAUUUCAUCAAGAGAAUAAUAAAUUAUCAUUAACUAGCUAGCAGAAUACCAAGAAAUUAUGCAGUCGAUCUAAUUUGAAAAGCAAUUGAUCAAUUGCUCAAAUGAAGCAUGUAUAAAGAGUUUCUCUUUCUAACCCAUGCUAGGGUUCUUCUUCCUUUCCAACUCCAAGAUGAGGGGACACUCAACUGCCAUGGCGGUGGCCGUAUUGUUGCUUUUCUCCUCUCACAUGGCCACUUCCAACACAGAGUCAUGGAGAGAGAUACUAGGCCUUCAAAAGGAGAAGGUGAGUCACCUCCACUUCUACUUUCAUGAUGUUAUCACUGGUAAGAACCCAACCUCUAUAGCUGUGGCCGGCGCCAACACCACCCUGACCUCGCCCACCUUCUUCGGCCUAGUCAAUGUGGUGGACAAUACCCUCACUAAGGGACCUAAACCCACAUCGAAACUUAUAGGAAGGGGGCAGGGAUUCUUCGCGUCUUCGUCACAGAGUGAAAUUAGCUUCUUCAUGGCAAUCAACUUUGUGUUCAUGGAGGGCAAGUUCAACGGCAGCACACUCACUAUGGUAGGGAGGAACCCGAUAAUGCAUAAGGAGAGGGAGAUGACAGUGGUGGGCGGAUCCGGGGCUUUUCGCUUGGCCAGAGGCUAUGCUAUAGCCAAGACCUUUGUCUCAGACCUGAGAACCAAGAAUGCAAUUGUGGAGUACCAUAUCACAGUCAUCCAUUUCUAGGGAAAUUAGUAUUCAUCUGUUCUUGUUCUCUGUUUGAAUGUUCAGUGUGUGCUGUAAUGCUUCUAAAGCGGUUUGAUUUAUUAAAUAACAGUUUGUAUUAUUGAUUUCGGAAUAGUUUGGCAAUU